CUUUAAAUGAAGAUGUGCAGAUGACAUCUGAACCUAGCAGAACAAGUAAACAAGUGGUGAGAAAGUUCCAACCGAGAUCCGGAUGUUGGAAGCACUUUAAGGAAAUUAAAGAGAAUGGCAGACGAGUUGCAGUAUGCCAAAAUUGAUCCCUACUUUGUUAUUGAUUUCUCAAAGGAUAAAGUUGAUAAAGUAGAUAGACCUCCUAAUGCUAAAGAUUGGGUUCAAGCUAAACAUUUGAUGGUUUUUUUGGAGGCUUUCUAUAAUGCUACUUUGCAUUUGUCUGGUACUUCCUAUGUGACAUCUAACUUACUCUUUUUUGAGAUUGUGGCUAUAUAUAAGAUGUUGCAAAAUCUUGAAGAUAUUGAUGAGGUGAUUGAUGUUCAAGAUAUAGAGAUUGGUGUAGAGGGUGAAGAAGAUGAAGUUAUGGUGAAAAACUUCAAAGAAAUGGUUAACCGUAUGAAGUUGAAAUUUGAAAAAUAUUAUGGGAGGCUAGAGAAGUUGAACACCUUGGUGUAUAUUGCUCCUAUUUUUGAUCCUAGAUAUAAGUUGGAGGGUUUAGAAAUAUGUGUGUGUGACCUAUUUGGGGCAACAAGUGGUGAUAGCAUUAUGGAAAAAGUGAAGGGGAGUGUUGACACACUAUUUGAUGAGUAUUGGCAACUUUAUAAGCCAUCUCAAGCUCAAAGCGGGCAGAGUAGUGAGAUUCUCAAUGAAUUGGAAAAUGCUACAUCUAUGUCAGGUCAAACAUAUGCUCAACAGUUACAGAAAAGGUUGAAAGGGACACAAAGGGCAAGAGGAACAGAGCUACAAAAAUAUUUGAAUGAGGGACUUGAAGAAGAUUCGGAAGUGGGGGAUGAUUUAUUAGGUUGGUGGCGUGUCCACGGUCCUCGAUAUCCUGUGCUUGCUCGUAUGGCACGUGAUAUUUUGGUUGUGCCUGUUUCUACCGUAGCAUCAGAGUCUGCAUUCAGUACAGGAGGACGUCAUCUUGAUGCAUUCCGAACAUCUUUAACUCCAAAGAUGGUACAAGCUUUGAUAUGUUCUCAAGAUUGGCUAAAGACAUCUAAGAAGAUUGACAUGGAAGAAACACUCGAUGAGUUAAAAUUAGUUGAAAAAGACCCAAGCUCCCCUGCUGCGCCGGAGAAGACCGUCCGCGAUUCCAACAACGCCGGAGAAGGACCUGCGCGUGCCGGAGGAGGAGAUCAGGUUGAACUUGGUCAUGGAGAUGGUGAAUUUGAGUCACCAUUAAGCAGAGAAUUCGCAUUGAUCUAAACGUCUAGGACAAACUACAAAGUAGUAGUACUUCAAGAUUAUAAGGAUAAGUGCUUUGUUCAUUUCAAACCCUAUAUAGCCUUAGAUUUGAAUGGAUUAAAAUCUAUUUAGUCUUUUCAUAAAAAGAAACAAUCAAUGUUCAAAGUUGAU